GCGGGACAGCAGAGCUGGGGGUCCACAGCAGGAAAGCUGGGGGAAAAGCCCACUGCUGGGGGAAAUGCGGGUUGCUGACCUCGUUGCCGGGAGAAACUAAACCCAGUAGCAUUUUCAAAGCCGGAAGCCACCAUCCAAAUCCAAGGUCGCUGGUAAAACUGAUAACUGCUACACAUUGCAAAGGAUCCCAGAUAAUCCCAGGUUUUGUUUCCCUUUUCCAGGCAGCACAAAAUGGAGCCUUUUUAUCUCUAUGACCUCGGGUUCCUAACAGAAAACAAAGCUAUUCAAAGGAUCCUCUGCCCCAUGGCUGCGCAGCUCUGCCAUCUAAUCCUUGCCCUGGAAUGGGAAGAUGGGAUUUGUCAGGACUUUCCCAAUUUAGGGGAGAAUGCAGAAAAAUUAGCCAAAGCCACAGAAGAACUCGCUUCUGUUGCAAGAAGGUUGGCUGAGGAGUCCAGCGACGAGGUGUUCAAGGAGGAGACGUGUCCCGCGGCCGAGUCCCUCAUCCUGGCAGGGAGGUGCGUGCUGCUGGCGGCCCACAAGCUCCACGUGCAGCCGGAGAACCCUAGCCACAGGGAGGAGCUGGCUGUGUCGGCAAAGAGGGUCUUAACAGAGACAGUGAAGAUCCUUCAGAUGGAAGACGCUGCUGGGGCAAGGAGGAUAAUUCAGGCUGCCAGCUGGCUUUUGGAGUGCUUGAGCGUGCUGCAGGAUGCAGGGGACAUGCCAGGACUGUUGGCUGCUUUCCGGGCCUUUUCCAAGGCCCUGCUUCUGCUGAGCAAUCUGACAGCAAAGCGCCUCAAGGAACUCAGAGAUUGUCCUCGACAGAGGAGAUUGGCCCAAACUUUGCAGCUCCUUCAGAAGUGUGUUCCUUUGCUCCACGCAGCCAAGCACAGUGAUCCUAAACACUCCUGGGAUCAGCAAGUGAACCUCUCCAAAGGCUAUGCUUUCCAGCUGACGGAGAGGACCAUCAAAGAGCUCACUUCCCUGCUUAUCAACAAUACGGGCAGCGAGCAGCCAUGGGAGAGAAAUGGGACCUUCUCCCAGCACGUGAGCAGGCUGCUGGCUCUCCUCUCUCGCCCAGACCCAGUGCAUCUCUCCGACAGUGAGUUCAGUGCUCAUGUGGAAGCGGUCAUUUUCUACUGCCUGCUUCUAGCAGACUCGUCCAGGCCAGAUCUAAAGCUGGACCUGGUAAAACAUUGCUGGGUUCUGCUACAGCUGAGGAAGAGCAUCUGCAGCCAUGUAAGCCAGCAGGAGGGAUGGCCAGGGCAAAGCUGGGGAGAAAGCAGCCUGGAGGAGGAAUGUCACACCAUGAGAAAGGAGGUGGAGACUCUCGACCAGGCAGUGCUCACAGCUACUCUGUGCCAAAUCCUCGACACCUUCUUAGAGGGAAAGGAGCCCCUGAGGCAGUUAGUUGAAGAUGCCCUCAGCCUUGCUGGAAAUGGCCAAGCACAGGGAAUGGUGUGA